AUGGAUGAACAGCAUAAUUGCGCUGAAAAAGAUCGAGUUUGCCUUCAUUCUGACUGUGACAUUGUAUUAACUGAGGAUGACAUACCUGGUACCAAGCUCUAUAAGCCAGUCGAACAGUGCUCGAUGGCAAUAUUAAAGAGAUGGCUUUCGUGUCGUGGAGCUAAUAUUACUGGGAAAAAGCUUGAGCUUGUGAACAGAGUAAAGAAUUACAUUAACAAUGGAUUGGAUGGACAAGUUGUUGACCCUGACAGUGGAAAGAACUAUCGAAAAAAAAGGAUCACUCUAAGUACUCCUCAGACGACACCAGAUGAAGCAUUUCCCAUGUCUGGAUUCCAAACAGAUCUUUCAAUUUUACCAAGGGUGAGGUAUGCCAACAUUUGGAAGUUUCUGAUAGAUGAUGUUGAAGUUAAAAAGCAAGUAUCUACUGAAAAACCUCUCGUGAAAGGUUAUAAUUUCUUCAAGUCUGGCAAUGUUCAACAUGUUCUAUCACAAACAAGAAAUGGUUUAUAUUUUAUAAAAAGCAAAGUGCUACCUUCCAUGAAAAAAGAUAGUUAUAUAGUCAAAAUAACAAUGAAUGAAAGAUCUCUUGUGCAAAAAGCUUUCUGUGAUUGCCCUGCUGGAAUUGAUGGACGCUGCAAUCAUGUAGCUGCUACAUUGUUCUUGCUGGAAUCUCUAGAUUGUUCUUUAAAUAAAGUAAACAAUUUCGGCUUGCAAAAUUCUGUUACUCCUUGCACUUCAAAGCCUUGCACUUGGAAUAUUCCUAAAAGAGCAGCUAAAGCUUCCACAAUACAGGACAUGAAGUUUAUAAAGCAUAGUUAUAACAAGGAAAAAUUCAAAUCUGCUGAGCACAUCUUAAUCAAAAAAAUUCCAGAGAAACAAAAACCAUCAAAUGAGGAUCUACAUUCUUUUUACAAGAAAAUAAAGAUUCUGGAAGCUGAAACAGGAAUGAAGACUGGUUUGAGCUUCAUUAUUCCAAAGCCAAAUGAUGAAAAUAACUUUGGGACUUCUGAAACUUCUGACUACAAUCCUUCAUAUAGUGCUCAUUUAGAUGGUACAAGUAUGCAGCUGGUUUCUCCAAACAAAUAUCUACCAAUGUCACUAAAUGAAAUAAAAGCCAGGAGUGAAAGGGUUAAGAAAAGGUUGCUAGCAUCAGUGAGUGACCGCGAUCGCAUAAUGGAACUUACUGUCAAUCAACAUGAGUCAAAACUUUGGUAUGAUGUUAGACAACCUCGUAUUAUAGCAUCAAAAGUCAAAAGAGGCUUAAUAAAACCAACAAUAAGUCCUACCAACACCAAUAACUACCAUACACCAAUUCAAACUAAAGCAAUGAAGGAUGGAAUUGAAUCAGAAGCUGGCAUACUUAAAAAAUAUGAAUUAAUUUCUGGAAAUACUGUUAGGAAGGUGUGA